AUGGCCCCGGCAAUCAAGUUCGUACUGGCCAGCUCGCUCGACUGCGGCAAGCGGAUCGUCCGGACGCCGUACGAACGAUCAUCGCCGAGCGAGCAGCGCGACAAGGACCCCAGGAGCGAUCGGUUCAUCUGCAGCGUCGAGCGACCGAUCCGAUCGCCAUCGGCGUUGACCAUCGCCAGCAGCGACUCGAACGAUACUCGCGUCGCGAUCGGAGGUAGAUUGUAUCGCUGCAUGCGCUGCGACUGCGCCUCGUACUUCGCCACCUUUCCGGAGUUCAAGUUUCAUCUGGCCCUGGCGCAUCCGAGCCUCAGGCUCAAGUACGUGUGUCGGGUGUGCGGCAAGGGCUUCGCUACGGCGAACGUGCGCAACAAACACCGCAAGAUUCAGCACGACGGCGCCAAGGCCAUCGACGAUGGCAAUUACGAGGACGAGAAGGAGGGCGUCGUCGACGACGAUCGGUUGCUGCUGGCCGCCGCGCGCCGUCACGUCUGCGACAAGUGUCAGCGCAGCUUUCGCGACCCGGACAAUCUCAAGAGGCACGUGGCCACGGUUCAUCGGGCCGAAGGCUCGUGCGCCCGGCCCCACAAGUGCGACCAGUGCGACAAGGCCUACUCGCGCAAGGACCAUCUCAAGGAGCAUCGAGCUAUCAGUCACGACAGCAGCGAAAAAUCGGCAGCGUUGCAGCAGCAGCAGAAACCAAAGCACACCUGCGCCAGCUGCGGCAAGGGCUUCCAGCGCAAGGACAGUUUCAGGUAUCACGAGCGCCACAAGCCGUGCGCCCUCGUGGUCAAUAAACUCGCCUGCGACAGGUGCGGCCGUGAGUUUCGCCGGAGAUGCGAUCUGACCAGGCACUGCGCCACCUGCGCGGAGAGGAAUCGGCAUGAAUCGUCGUCGUCGUCGUCGUCGUCGUCGAUCGUCGAGAUGGACGAGGACGUUUGA